ACCACAGGGAGAUGUAAACAAACCGAGUCGCCGCUUCGUUCUCGGUGGUUCGCCAAUAAGAAGAGAAAAGUAUGGGUCUUUUAACGGAUCCUGGAAUGGAACGUAGUCGUUUACCUGCUAUAUUAGAGAAGCAUCAUAGACCAAUUUGCAUUGUGCUGUAUGUAGUGGGCAUAAUUUGGUUUGUUGCUUUAGCACACAAUGCCUUCAACCAUGGGACGUAUUUCUCCGAGAAUGCUCUUCUUCCGGGAUUGGUGCAGGGAGAUUUCCACAGUGACUCUUUGGCAACACAAUACCUGGAGAGUUUGAAAGAGGAAUCAGAAAAGCAUACAUCAGGAAUGCCAUAUUCAUGGCUAGCUGGUCAGUUUACUCAGCUGGGCCUGGACACCUUUACUCAUAACUUUACAUUACAUUACCCGCUGGGUUCUGAGAAAGUUUUUACUGGUAAAAAUGUGUAUGGUAUUCUAAGAGCUUCUCGUGGGAGCAGCACAGAGGCUGUAGUCGUCUCAGCCCCGUACAGACCGCCAACUUCACUCCUCCAGGGGAAUGCACCAUCCAUUGCUCUUAUGCUGGCAAUGGCUAGCUUUUUCUCAAAGCAAGUGUACUGGGCAAAGGACUUGAUCUUCCUAGUGACUGAACAUGAGCAACUGGGAGCUCAGGCGUGGCUUCAGGCAUACCACCGCACACAAAGCGGAGCAGGUGUUCUAAAUCAUGGAGACCUCGAAGGCAGGGCUGGGGCUAUUCAAGCUGCCAUAAACUUGGAGAUCCAUAGCUCGCAAGUGAGUCACAUUGAUGUGAAAGUGGAAGGACUUAAUGGCCAGCUUCCAAACUUGGAUCUGUUUAACUUAAUACAUCGUCUUUGCCAGAGAGAGAAUGUCUACCAUACCUUCAAGAACAGGGGAAACCAUCCUCAGCCAGAGACCUUCCAUGGAUGGGUCCACCAAGUAGGCACACUCUUUUCCAUGAUCUCUUCACAAGCAUCAGGAGUCCCCACAGGAAACCAUGGAUUAUAUCACAGGUAUGGCAUUGCUGCAGUGACUUUGGAGGGUCAGCACAGCAUGCAUCACCCUCGUAAUCGGCGCAGCGUGUCUUUCCAGCAGCUGGGACGGGUGCUUGAAGGAGUGUGCCGCUCUCUGAACAACCUGCUGGAGCGCUUCCAUCAGUCCUUUUUCUUCUACCUCCUGCCGGCCACAAAUCGAUACAUCUCCAUUGGAGUGUAUAUGCCCCCAUUUGGGAUGAUUGCCGGUGGGAUUUUGGUGAAGGCUUUGGCCCUGUGGUACUCCACAAGUUGUGCAGCUGAGCAACAAGAACAAGAGAAGGUGAAGAAGAUUGAUUACGGUCUUCUUGGUGGAUUUCCUACAGUUGUGAUGGUUCAUAUAGUGAGUGUCCUGCUACACAAUGCUCCCUAUAGGUUUUCUCAAGUUGGCCGGUACUUGGCACUAUCAGCAGAGGAUAGUGUCUUUCUGGGGACAUUUGCAUUUUGUGCAUCUCUACUAGUUCUUCCUUACUAUAUCAGCAGAAACUUGGGAUUACAAAAUCGUAGUUGGGAAAUUGUGAAAAUCUAUGCAGUUCUUGAGUUGGGCAUUCUUGUGUUUGCUGGAGCUGUGUACAAUUUCUCUCUCGCGUUGAUAGUUACAGUUGCAUAUACACCUGUAGCUCUGUUGACUUCCCCAUCUAUAUCAAGGUGGAGACGCUGGCUAAAGGCAGCAAUCCUGCUCUUGGUUCACCCCCUGACAAUGCUGUUCCUGUUCGUUCUGAUGGACACUUGGUCUAACUUCAGCGAUCUUCCUCCAAAUAAGUUGCUCUGGAAGACGUACAUAGCAACAAAGAGAGCUCUCAUGUACAGUGUGGUUGAUGGCUUGAUUUAUUCAAAUUGGGUUUACGAUGUUGCAGUGCAGUGUUUACUCCCUGUGUGGCUCCUCUUUUGGCAGAUAGCUCUUCAUCCCAUACAGUAAGAGGAAUUUUAGGGUUUGGCAUAGAGACUGAAUAGCUGUGGCUCACGGUUAUAGUGCUGUUUUGUAUUAUUUGAUGUGAUUAUUUCAGAAUUUCUCACACACACACACACACACACACACACACACACACACACACACACACACACACACACACACACACACACACACACACACACACACACACACACACACAAGCACAAGCACACACACACACACACACACACACACACACACACACACACAAUUAUACGUGAGCUGUAUGUAUGUAUGUACCUGUAUGCGUAUUUGUCUGUCUGUCAGGGAUUUUUCCUUUUUCUACUGACAUGAAUUGACAGGUAGUCAAUUGAUAUUAUUUGGGAAAUACAAUGUAAAUAUAAAUACAGGAGUUUGGAUAAUUAUAAAGUUAGUUUGAUAUUACUUUUAUGCCUAUCAUUUUAUAGAGUGGCAGGUUUUAAGAUUUUGUAUUCUAAUAUAUAUAAAUAUACAGUAUAUAUAAUAUAAACAGAUGAUGUGCUUGUUUCCAUUAUUGUAUAUUUCUUUUUUCUCAGUGUCUAUAAAAAGGUAUUCAGUGGUUAUCAGAAACUUUUAACUAACCAAUUUAUGUAUAUUUACAUUUGUUUUCUUCUUUGUGUGUGUGUGGGUGUUUGUGUUUGUGUUUGUGU